GAAUUUCCUUUAAAACUCAACUUCUCUAUGCAAUAGUUUUUGUUACUCGAUAUCUUGAUCUUCCUAAAUGGUUUAGAGCGACGUAUGAUCCUAGUCAGGACACUUUUAGAGUAGAGUUUUUAUUGGGUGCAUGUUUAUUGUUGUCACUAGUAUUUAACUAUACCUUUACGUUUAUUGAGGUUCUCUGGACCUUUUCGAUUUAUCUUGAAUCUGUUGCAAUUCUUCCACAGCUUUUUAUGUUAUCUCGUACAGGAGAAGCAGAAACUAUUACAACUCAUUACUUGUUUGCGUUAGGCGCAUAUCGCGCCCUCUAUUUAUUGAAUUGGAUUUGGAGGUUUUACUUUGAAAGACACGUGGAUUUAAUCGUAUGGGUCGCUGGUGUACUUCAGACCGCUUUAUAUAGCGACUUCUUUUACAUUUAUUACACAAAGUAA